CGAGGACGUUGAACGCACUCGCUCCUGAUGAAGUACGUGAGGGUGUGGAUGCAGGCGACUGUAUCGACUGCGCCGCGUCACGGGUACACAUGGGCGCCCUGGUGCGGCUUUGCAGCAAUGGCCACCAUGAUUUCUCCCAUGCGGCCGUAUCUGCCCAGCAUCCCCGUCGCCGCAUCCGCAUUAGGAGCCGUCCAUUGAAUCACUGCAUCAAAUCUGCCAAUCAGUCGAACAGGAGGCUGCCCAUCAAGCCCUUGGCGUUUCUCGCGUCGUGCGUCCACCUGUUCGUGAUCACGCGCGGGACUCGGAGGCUGAUGUUGCUGCAGUUUUCGUGAUCUGACUUCGACAGGGCCCCAGCCCAAGCAGACCUAUGGCGACUAGGAACGCCGAGUUGGGAUUUGCCCCCGGCAUGUUCUGCAUCCAGGGGCCAUUUCUGGCCCUUUCACCGUCAAACAGAAGUUUUGGGUGAGGAGUUGGCCCCGAGGAAGGGGUCGAGAGGUCCAGGGGCUGUCGACCAGACAAAAACAGCAACUGGUCGGUGGUCUGGGGGUUCAGAUUUUGCGAGUCUUUGCAGAGCUUCGGUGGGGUGUCUGAGUUUUGUCGGUGACGUGGCUACUCCUGAAGGCCUCGUCGAAACCCACCAGUGUCUUGCCAGAACCAUGUGCUGAUCUCGAAAUGGUUGGGGCUUUGCCCAAUCCUGAACAAAAUGACGCCACUCGGGGAGUCUGGACAUCAGGAGGGCAGGCCAUACGAGUCCCAACCUUUCUUCCAAGCAGAGUCAACCUAUCUGGGGUCACCAAGCCAUUGUUGAGUAACUAGGUCAAGAGGGAUACAUCGACAAGGUGUCUGUUGUCGGAAUAGCAGGCAAGAACGCUCCAUGCAGCCUGGCGCCUCUGAGGUAAGGUGUGGGCGACGACCUUGACGACAGGUGCCAGUUGUCAGUUUGUCAGCAAGUCAUGGUGAUCCUGUAGCUGCUUCUGGACUGCAGCAGGCAGUCUCGUGUGCAGAAUGUGGUUCAUGUGCCGAUGUUGCGUUAUUCGGAUAACGGGCUGCCAGCGCACGCGGAGUCCGAAAGCCGCGGGUGGUGGCGCCGUCGUCGUUGUCCUCGUCUCGCGCUCCGCACUCGCCCUCUCGCUAGGGAAGCCCAAUGGAUGUGGAAGCCGAAGGGGUAUGUGGGGCGGGGGGUGCGCUCCGAGGUACGGGCUGCCACCAGAGCUCCACGCGCUGCUCCCGCCGGCCCUCCGCCGCAUCCCAGAGGCGAUCAGCAAGCAGAUGGGCGCCCUGGUCGGGGGCUCGGCGCCGCGCCUGUGCCGGUGGGCGGCGCAGCAGGCCCUGGCGCCGCCGGUGCGCGGCUCGCUCAUGAGCGGCGACGCCUAGCGGCGGCGGCCGCCGGGGCACAGUCCGCGGCGGGAGUCGUCGGUGGAGGACUGGGGCACAGCAUCGUCCAGCCGAAGCACACUGCCCACAGCGGUGCAGGAAUCGGGCGCGCGGGGCCCGGCAGGCCGAGCCCGUGGCUGGAAACGCCGCUCGCCUCCGUCUGCGGAGGAGGGGUCGGCGGCGCCGAAGGGAGCGCUCGGGGCCUUCGCCCUCUCGCGCGGGCGCCGGAGGAUGCUGGAGGCGGU